AUGAAUGAGCUCUGGCAAAAACGUACAUAUCCCAUCACAUUUCAACUGUGCACGGCGUCAAAAUUCGAUCGUGUCGAAUUAUACGGCUCAUUUAAUAAUACCAGUUGGACAAAUUCUUUAGCUCAACUGACGUAUGCGUAUCGAAAGAGUCCUCAAGACAAAGACGAUUUUGUUCAACUCAUUACGGAUCGAUACAACGCGCAAGACAUCAACACGCAAGAUAAUCAAAUCCGUUAUCAUGAUGUCGCCAUGAUUCUCUACACAGAUCAUACAAUGCACGAUAUUAAACUCAUCGUCAACGAUAAAGAUCAUUUUAAAGCUCAUCGAGUAGUUCUUGCAGCAGGCUCAGAUUACUUCAAAGCCAUGUUUCAAAGUGGAAUGACUGAGUCAACGUGCAAUGUUGUUUCUUUGAAACUCGAUGAUCCACAAGGUUUUCCAUCUAUGUUGAAAUUUCUCUACACUGGCACGAUAGUAACAUCAACAUUACCUUUCGGACAGAUAGAGUCGUUAUUGAAACUGGCUGAUAUGUAUCAGAUUCCAACAUUACUCAAAGCACUGCUGAAUCUGACAACAACAACUAUUGAUGCAAAUAACUGUUUACGCCUACUAUUCAUGCAGCAGUUUCUCGGUGAUCGUUGGAUAACGUUACGUAAGGAAUGCGUCAAAACAGCCGCGAUCAACUUUCUCGAAAUCGCUCGCAAAGUUUUAUUAAAAUUACUUUUUGCACCAAAAAUGGAUCGUGAACGUGAAAUUGAAAUUUUUACCCCGUAG